AUGUACACACACACACACACACAUGCAGACACAUGUAUACACACACAGGCAUGUACAUGUACACACAGAAACAUGUACAUACAUACACAGACACAUGUACACAGACACAUAUACAUACAUACACAGACACAUGUACACACAGACACGUACAUACACACAGACACAUGUACAAUUUUACAUGCAUACACAAACACACGUACACACACACCCCCCCCCCCCCCCCAUAAAAAGUUGCAGUACUUCGUUGUUCACUCACAGAGCCAGGGUACUGCAUUCUAGGGGGAGGCAGAGAGCACAGAACACACUCCUUCCUUUGCUUUCACUGAGCUCAGCUAUUAAGCAGUCUGACGGCUCCCAGUACCAAUGACAGAUCCAGCCUGAGCUCCAAGCCUGCUCAGCAAGACGGCCCUGGGGGACACACUCGCCCCCACCAUAAUUUCCACUCGCCAUUGGCGAGCAGGCGAGUGGAAAUUUCAAGCCCUGUGCUAGU